UUGAGGGGAAAGAGGGAAGAGCGACGCCAACUGUCUUCCACUUCCUCCUCCGGUCGUCGCCCACCACCUCCGGAGUCUUCCCCACCUCCUCCUCCCCUGCCGUGCUCUGCGCUGCCGGCCGCCCCUGCGGACGCCGUGAGCCGUCCGCGGCCCCCUGGUUGUCCUCGAUUUGUAGUUUAUUGACAGAAGUGCAUCAUUGAUCAACAAGACUUAGUCCAGCACUUCUUUUCAAAUCAGUAUGAUUACCCUUUCCUACAGGUGGGCAAGCAUAGAACAUCAGUCAUGAUGUUGGACUCAAAGAAGGAAAGGAAUCUCAGCACAUGUUUCCAAUUAGGCCAGAAAUCUUCUGCUCAUUUUUGUUUGUUUUCGAAAGUCCGAUCUGCCAGCCCACCACCUGGAAAUACACCAGUUUAUCUAAAUGUUUAUGAUUUGACACCAGUAAAUGGCUAUUUUUACUGGGCUGGUCUAGGGAUAUUUCAUUCUGGCAUUGAAGUUCAUGGUGUGGAGUAUGCAUUUGGAGCACAUGACUAUUCGAUUAGUGGAGUUUUUGAGGUGGAACCUCGGCAGUGUCCUGGUUUCAAAUUUAGGAAAUCAAUAUACAUGGGAACUACCUGCCUGGAUCCUCUCCAAGUCAGAGAGUUCAUGGAGAUUCAGUCAGUAAAUUACAAUGGGGAUACCUAUCAUUUGAUAAGUAAAAACUGCAACCAUUUCUGUGAGGAUAUCUGCAAAAGGUUGACAGGGAAUUUAAUUCCAAAAUGGGUUAAUCGGCUUGCCAGAAUGGGCGCUGUUUGCAACUGCAUUCUACCAGAGUCCCUCAAGAUCAAUGCAGUCCGUCACGACCCGGAUGGCCAAGCUGAAGAUAGCGAGAAAAGAAGGCUGACAGGUGCCUUCAGUUGCUUCUCUUCAAUCUCUCUAUGCCAAAGACAUUUCUCAACGUCUUCCCUCUUCCUACGUUCCCCCGCGAAAGGAACUUCUUGGCAUACGAAACAGUCGAGUUCUGCCCGAUUAAAGAAGAGCUGAGAAUUGAGGUACCCUGUACAUUGCAUUUCCCUCAUUGAAGCACCAGGAUUUUUUUUAUCAGCAACCCCUUCUACAACAGUCAUGAAAGGAUACAAAGGUAUUUACAAGGUGGUGUUCAUGUCUGAGCAUUGGCUCCAGCUGUGCCUUGAAAUCUGUACAGAGUAUGUGUAGAAGUUAUUCUUAAACUUGAGUUCACAAUACAAUGAGCUCAAACAAACUCCUAAAAUAUUUCAGUUAUGGUUGCUCUCUAUGCCGACUCUGCCGGCUGAUAUGAUAAUUUGCUCGUUUCAGCUUGCAAACUGUGCAGUUUUUAUGCCUGCUCUGUUGAAAGGACGUUCUACCUGUAGUGACACUGGAGUGAUGGUAUUAGUACAUGCGUUUCGUGUGUGUAUAA